ACAUCAGUUACGUAUAUCCGCACAUGCGCAAUGCAGGCCCUUUAGCAGCCCUUUUUAUGCUUAGCGUUGAACGACUAGCAUCAAACGAGCAUCAAGAUGCAGCUCUUCUUGCGUGCCCAGAACACUCACACCCUUGAGGUGACCGGAGAGGAGACUGUUGGCCAGAUCAAGGCUCACGUACAGUCUCUGGAGGGUCUCCUGGUCGAGGAUCAGGUGCUGCUUCUGGCCGGAUGCCCACUGGAGGAUGAUGUCUCCCUGGCAUCUUGCGGUGUCUCCGAACACUGCACCCUGGAGGUAGCUGGCAGGCUGCUGGGAGGUAAGGUUCACGGCUCUCUGGCCCGUGCCGGAAAAGUGAGGGGACAGACUCCCAAGGUUGAGAAGCAGGAGAAAAAGAAGAAGAAGACUGGACGUGCCAAGCGUCGCAUUCAGUACAACAGGCGCUUUGUGAACGUUGUGCCCACCUUCGGAAAGAAGAAGGGACCCAACGCCAACUCCUAAGUGCUUAAAUGCCCAGAGGAAGGAGAAACUGCAACACCAUCCAUCAGUUUUUACCAAGUUAAAUGUCAUCCUGUACAAAAUUAAAAAAAAAAAAUACUUGGCAA